CAGAAAAAGCACAGGUGCUGACCCAUGGGUUCUCGGAGCCCAUUAGUCCCUUUCCCAAAGUUGGGAAGCUGGGCGUGGAAGCAUUAAAAAAAACCCAGAAUGUCGGAGCUAGGGUGACCCUUAGAAGGCAUCUCGGCCCAUUUCACAGAGGAGGAAACUGAGACCCAGGGCCAUAGCAGAGUUGGAACUAGAUCUUCUGGAAUUUUACAGGGGAGAAAGUUGAAGCUCCCAGCAACUUGCUAAGUAUCUUCUCUAGAACCCAGUGGGGACUAUAUGAUCAGUCAUGUGCUCCUUUCUUCCCCAUAUUCUGGCACUUUCAGCACACUCACUGCCUCUUUUUCCACUUGUCCUAGAUGAUGAAGAGACGGAGGGGAUACAUGUGCAUUGGGAGGAAGGAAGAAGUCCCACUUCCCGAUUCAGUCCCAUUUACUGCUCAUUGUUUCCAGGCUUUGUGAGAUCCAGUAGAAAAAUCCCCUCUCUGACAGCCAGUCAGUCAAUAAACAUUUAUUAAAGGCCUACUAUGUGCCAGGCAGCCAUCGGUCAGAGAAGUACAGAAUAUUGGGUCUGGAAAGGACUUUUGCUCCCUUCUCAUUCCAAUUUCUCCUCAAAGAAGUGACCCAAAGUGAGUCAGGUCCCGUGCUGGACAUGCCGGUCCCGGCCAGCUUCAACGACAUGGGCCAGGACUACAAGCUCCGCAGCUUCAUUGGCUGGGUGUGGUACGAGCGGCAGGUGGUAGUGCCCCAGAGCUGGGCCCAGAACCCAGGCACCAGGGUGAUGCUGAGGAUUGGCAGUGCCCACUACUACGCCAUUGUGUGGGUGAACGGGGUCCACGUGGCGGAGCACGAGGGCGGCCACCUCCCCUUCGAAGCGGACGUCAGCCGGCUGGUCCAGUCCAAUCCCGGGGAGCUGAGCCGCAUCACGGUCGCCAUCAACAACACCCUCACCCCCCACACGCUGCCCCCGGGCAUCAUCGAGCACAAGACCGACAGCUCCCGGUACCCCAAGAACUACUUCGUUCAGAGCACCAACUUUGACUUCUUCAACUACGCCGGGCUGCAUCGCCCCGUCCUCCUGUACACCACCCCCUCCUUCUACAUCGAUGACAUCACCAUCACCACCGAGGUAGACGGGAGCACAGGGCUGGUGAACUACGAGGUCGCUGUCAGCAGCAGUGAGUACUUUGAGCUGGAGCUCCUUCUCUGGGACAAGGCUGGGACAGUGGUGGCCAAGGGGGCCGGGACCCAGGGGCAGCUCAAGGUGCCCAAUGCCCAGCUCUGGUGGCCCUACCUGAUGCACGAGCAGCCCGCCUACCUGUACUCACUCGAGGUAACCCUGACCGUACAGACAGGAGCCGGAAUCGUGUCUGACGUCUACACCCUUCCUGUGGGCAUCCGCACCGUGCAGGUCGUGAACAGCCGCUUCCUCAUCAAUGGAAAACCCUUCUAUUUCCACGGGGUCAACAAGCACGAAGACGCUGAUGUCCGCGGGAAGGGGUUCGAUUGGGCUCUGGUGAUGAAGGACUUCAAUCUGCUCCGGUGGCUGGGGGCAAACUCCUUCCGGACGAGCCACUACCCCUACGCCGAGGAGGUGAUGCAGCUGUGUGACCGCUACGGGAUCGUGGUCAUCGACGAGUGUCCGGGCGUGGGGAUCAUACUACCGGAGAGCUUUGGGAACAUCUCCCUGAAUCACCACCUGGAGGUGAUGGAAGAGCUGGUCCGGAGGGACAAGAAUCACCCAUCCGUGGUCAUGUGGUCUGUGGCCAACGAGCCCGUCUCCUCAUUGAAGUCUGCUGCCUAUUAUUUCAAGACCCUGAUUACGCACACCAAAGCCCUGGACCCCACCCGGCCUGUGACUUUUGUGUCCAACGCUAAGCCUGAAUUGGAUCUUGGGGCUCCCUACGUGGACGUAAUCUGUAUAAACAGCUACUAUUCCUGGUACCAUGACUUUGGGCACCUCGAGGUGAUUCGACUGCAGGCCAACACCAAUUUUGAGAUCUGGUAUAAACUGUACCAGAAGCCAAUUAUCCAGACCGAGUAUGGAGCAGACUCCAUCCCUGGCUUCCACCAGGACCCUCCCCUGAUGUUCAGUGAAGAGUAUCAUAAGUCGGUGCUGCAGCAGUAUCACUUGGCUCUGGACCAGAAGCGCAAAGACUACGUGAUUGGGGAGCUCAUCUGGAACUUUGCUGAUUUCAUGACAGACCAAUCGCCAUUAAGAGUAGUCGGGAAUAAGAAGGGAAUCUUCACCCGCCAGCGGCAACCCAAAGAGGCAGCAUUCCUUCUCAAAGAACGAUACUGGAGAAUCGCCAAUGAAACCAUGCAUCCUUGCUUAGCAGCGAUUCCACAGUAUUUGGAAAACCAGCCUUUGACUAAAGAACAGAACUGUCUCUCUGGACCAAAGGGAUUCCUGCCUUAACAGACAGGAAGACAUGUUCCCAGGAUUAUCAGAUCAUCAUUUGAUUAAAUUGUGUGUGUGUGUGUGUGUGUGUGUGUGUGUGUGUGUGUGAGAGAGAGAGAUGUGGGGCAGACCUACCUGAAAAAAUAUGGCUGCAUUUAUUGAAGCCAGUUUGACAGAUAAAUGUGCCUUGUUCUCACAUCCCUUAUGCAGAUUCUCAAAAUCAGGGUGUUUUAAUUACAUAGUAUUAAAGGUAUAUUGUUACAAAA